AACGGAGGCUACAACUAGGUCAGCAUCGAUAAAGUACCGUUGCAGACGAUCUUACUCCAGGUGCUCCAUUGCCUGUAGCCAUAAUGCGCCGAGAACUUGGAUUGCGACUCUGAAAGGUAAAACGGGGGGCAAGUUGCCAAAGGGCGACGCAGUAGCUUCAAUCGCCCUUGGCCGUCAUCUCAUAGUAUGAGACGAUUCAAAGGGCAGAACACUGAUAAAGGAAUAUUGCUAAGAAAGUCCUUCUCGAUUGCGCAGAGGAGCAGCCGAAGUUAUUUGAGAUCGAGGAAAGGAGCUGUGAAGGCAAAGUGUGACGGCGGCACAGCAGUGAUAAGGAAACGAAUCGCUCUUGCCGAGCACGAAACAAGGCUAUACGUAAAUAUCUACCUGCGGCUAUUCGUCUUCCCAUCAGAACCUCAGGGUCUGGGGCAACCAUGUCGUAUUCGUGGGUGGGUCGCGGAUUGUGGUCCUGUUCUUGCCGGAAUUCCGCAAGUUGCUGUUCCGAUGCGAAAAAGGGAGCCGUUAGAUCCAAUGGAACCCUCCAAACCAUCGCGAGGUUUAUUUGGAAACCCCGCAUCCAGUUUAGCGCUUGAUUGCAGCAUAUGUCUGCACGCCGAGAUUGAUGCUAUGACCAGCAUCGGGAGGUCAUACGGGCAAACUCACUCGCAGUAGCUCCGUCAUCUCAUCCAGUCUUGCGUCGCCAACGAAGCGGACAGGCAUUCCAAGAGCUGUCAUAGAUGACUCCGCACCAGCGCAUCGGACGAAAUGCUCCUCGGAUGCCG